AUGGAAUAUUUAGCACUUGCUGCAGCUUCAAGCAAUUCUAGCCCGCCGUCUGCAGGUAGACGCAACCAGCGGGCUAAGAUUGGUCCCAGAAUAUCCAAAUCAUCACAGCGAGAGGCUCAGCAGCGAUUUCGAGACAAACAGAAAGCGAGGAGAGAGGAAGACCAACGGAUAUUAGAGACGCAGGGAAGGCAGCUCGAGGAGGAGAGAAAAACCAACGAAAGACUGAAUGUUGAACUUGAAGUGCUGAAGGCUGAGAACGUUCAGCUCGAGCGCCGGGCAAAAGCGGCGGAACAGUGCUCUACACUCCUGCAAGACCUUGUCAAGGCAUUCCAAGAUAGACUAUGCGCCGGCGUCGGUAAUCCCAGCAUGAAGUCCGGUUCUCUAAGCGCGACCGCACUUAUCUCGGGCCCUAUUUCCCCUCAAUUUAGCCACGGCAACCACCUGCGAGCUCGUUCCUUUCCACCCCUCGUACCGCCUCCUCGCACGUUUAGAUCCUUUGGUAAUGCGCUCAUCACAAUUCUGACGUCCUCCAAGAAGUCUAACGGUAUUAGGGAAACCUCAUUUUGGGCCAGUAAUGUCCCCAAUCUCACCGAUGCUAGCGCGGACGCCAGAUCCAAUUUUGUUACAGGAUACUCCUUCCGCUUGUUCAAAUAA